AUGGAGAUGCAGAUGACAUUUUACUGGGGCUAUGAUGCCACCAUUCUCUUUCCGUGGUGGGAGACCUCGACAGCACUCGAGUUUUACCUUUCGUGCCUUUGCAUCUUCGCCCUGUGCCUCGGCAGCGCCAAACUGAAGGCCGUUUGCCGUGACUUGCAGCGUGGGGGCGCCCACGUUGAGGAGCCUGCGCGUCCGGUGGUGCGGGAGGUUUGUUCCGAAGGUUCUGUGGCGACGGCGAGCGGUAGCUCUAGCGAAAUGAACGGUUUGCCAAGUGUCAUGACAGCUGCUAGCGACAGAUGGCCGGCAGCGCCCCCUCUUCUUCAACCGGGGGGGACCCGCCGAGGGGAGCAGCUGUUGUUUGAGGGCGAAGCCUUUGGCAGUUUGUUCUUUCGCCGCAAGUUGCACUUUAAUCGCAGCAGCGCCUAUACGGAUUCGUGA